AUGGCGAGACCACUGACCUGUGAACCCUCCCUCUCACUCGAUAGGGUGACGACCCCCCUCAUAGCCCCGCAGUGGCAGAGAGCACUCUCUCACCAUCCAGACCGGGCGUUUGCCCGAUACAUCCUGAAGGGGUUAACAGAGGGCUUCAGGACAGGGCACCGUACAGCUAACCCCCUCCGCUCUGCCACCGGGAAUAUGCCAUCUGCCUCCCAACACCCCGAGGUUAUCGACGAAUAUCUACGAUCAGAACUAUCCCUGGGCAGAAUGCUCGGCCCUUUCUCCCUCGACCAGGUCCCACCCCACACCCAUGUCCAUCGCAUGGGUCUCACACCUAAAGGUCACAACACCGGCAAGUGGAGGCUCAUAACAGACCUCUCAUACCCCCGCGGGGCGAGUGUCAACGACGGCAUAGACCCCCGUCUCUGCUCCCUUUCCUACACCUCUGUCGACGACGUUGCACGUCGAGUCUCGGCCAUGGGCAUCGGAACCCUCAUGGCAAAAACUGACAUAGCCUCUGCCUAUCGUAUCAUUCCAGUCCACCCAGAGGACCGCGUCCUCCAAGCAAUUCAGUGGCGCGGCAGCACAUAUAUUGACCCGAUGCUGCCGUUCGGUCUCAGAUCGGCCCCCAAAAUUUUCAGUGCGGUCGCCGACGCUUUUGCCUGGCACCUCCACCAGAUUGGUAUCCCCGACGUGGACCACUACCUGGACGAUUUUAUCGUCUUGGGACCCCCCCUUUCCCCGUUAUGCCAGCAAUACCUGCAUCAGCUGCAGACUGAGUGUAGCCUGCUAGGCAUACCCCUAGCCGCACACAAGACAGAAGGUCCGACCACCUGCCUGACUUUUCUCGGGAUCGAGAUAGAUUCAGUCGCUGCCAGGCUCCGCCUCCCGGCUGACAAGCUGGAACGUCUCACCCUCCUACUUCACGAAUGGGCUUUCAAGAGGUCAUGCUUACAAAAAGAACUCGAAUCUCUGAUCGGCCUCCUCAACCAUGCAUGCAAGGUCAUCAGGCCCGGACGGUCUUUCCUUCGCCGUAUGCUCGACCUGCUACACACUACGUGCCACCCCCCACGGGGGGUAGUCCCAAUCCGCUUGAACAAAGGCUUCCAAUCGGACCUAGCAUGGUGGUUAACCUUCACCGAGGCCUGGAACGGCACCUCCCUCCUCGCCACCCCAUUUCACAUGCCCCACGCCACGAUGACGUCAGACGCGUCCGGGUCAUGGGGCUGCGGAGCAUGGUAUCUCCGUUCCUGGUUCCAAAUCACCUGGGAUUAUCGAUCCUCUGCGCUGACGAUUGCAGAGAAGGAAUUCCUCCCCAUCAUUCUGGCUUGUGCCACUUGGGGAAGAUCAUGGCAUGGCCACCGAGUCACAUGCCGCUGCGACAACCAGGUGGUGGUAGCCAGUCUUCGCUCCAGAACCAGCAGGUCCAGAGGAAUCAUGCAUCUUCUGCGCUGUCUGACCUUUGUGGAGGCGCACUAUCAUAUGCACAUUGACUCGAUUUACAUUGACACCCACUCAAACCAUUUAGCUGACGAUUUGUCUCGUAAUCGCCUUUCCUCCUUCCUUUUAAAGGUACCACAUGCAGACACCUUCCCGUCCCAAGUGUCUCUGCCUCUAAUGGACCUCCUCCUGGAUCAACAGGCGGACUGGACGUCUCGAGUCUGGAGAACUCAGUUCAGUUCUAUUUUCAGCAGGGACUAG